CGGUGUUCCUCAGCCCUUCCCACCGCCUGCAACUACCUUCCCCACACUGAUUCCUCCUAUACCAAUGGAUUGUCUAUAGAAGCCGAUGGUUGUUCGUUGGAGGUUAGUGCCCUGGUAGUGCAUAAUCUUAGUGCUGGAAUUGAAGUCCUUGCUGAAUAUGGCUCUCAGAAUAAUUUUCAUGGAAAGUCAUUUGCACAACCACCAUGCGUACCAGCGACCGCAUCUCUUGAACAAACUACAAGUUAAGCGGAACGGGUUCAUCAUUUAACAGAAGCACUAUUUCAGAUUGCCUCAAGUUCUUGCAGAAUCAAAAGGUGAAAUAAUAAAAGUCAGAAGAAACAAGGCCUGGGAGGGAAGGAUCUGUCAAAAUAUAUUAUCAUUAAGGAUGCAACAUAACUAAGUUAGGUGAGGUGGUAUUACAGUUUUCGAUCAUCUUGC